AGCGCCUCGCCUGCGUUGAAUUGACGGAGAGAGGAGACGCUAGACUGCCAAGACAUGGUAGAGCCACCGCCUAGACAGGCACAAGAAGCGCUCGUCGAUCCAGUGAGAUCAGACGAUGCGCCCAAGGACGACAAGAAGGACAAAAAAUCGAUCGACAAUGGGCCGACGAACGGGUUUGCGCCCGAUGGCAGGGCCAAGGAUGCCAAGGCAGAAGAGCUCAGCGAGGAGGACGCUCAGCUCAAAUCAGAAUUGACGAUGCUCGUCGAGCGACUGCAAGAGGAUGACGCUCAGCUGCAUCGGCCGGCACUCGAAUCAAUGCGAACUCUCAUCAAGACGUCGACAUCCUCCAUGACGAGCGUACCCAAGCCACUCAAAUAUCUGCGACCACUCUAUCCUGAUCUGCAAUCACUCUACAGCCAAUGGUCUGGACAAUCCCUACAAGGCACUCCUGCAGAGCCUUCGCAGACUCUGGCCGGCCAGGCUAUCCAAGGCAUUAGCUCCUUCGUCAGCGAUGCAGCAGCAGGCGCAGUCAACUUCACAUUUGGCACCAAUUCCCAGCCGGCGCCAUCGACAUCCUCUGCACCACCACACAAGCCAAAAGCGGCUGGCUCAGACGUCGCACUGCUAGCUGACCUACUGUCAGUGCUGGCGAUGACCUAUUCUGACAACGGCAAACGCGAGACCUUGCUAUAUCGACUACGAGGCGGAUCCCAAGAAGAUCCUGGCUCGUGGGGUAACGAGUACGUUCGGCAUCUGGCAGCGGAGAUUGGCGAAGAGUACGAAGUCCGGAGGAGGGCCUCUUUAGCUACUCUUGAUGCCCCGACGGAUACUGCCGCGCCGACAGCGAGUGGCGCGGUGAUGGAGUCACAAGCCAAAGAUGCGAUCGAACCUACGCAGCCACCAACAACGACGGACACAAAAGAGCUCGAAGAUUUAGCGCUCAAGCUGGUGCCCUUUUUCCUAUCGCACAACGGCGAAGCAGAUGCUGUUGACUUGCUGCUUGAAAUCGAAUCAAUCGAGCAAAUAGUGCCCUUUGUCGACGAAAACACAUACGCACGCGUUUGCCUCUACAUGGUCUCCUGCGUCAAUUUACUCGUACCACCCGACGAUCGCCAAUUCCUUCGCAGCGCUCGCGACAUCUAUCGAAAGCAAGGGCGAUGGACAGAAGCUUUGACGCUCGCCAUCAGACUGAACGAUCGAGACGCCAUCCGAGCAGACUUUAACGGCCCAGAAAGCGCCAACAUGAAACGACAAAUGGCAUACAUCCUCGCUCGGCAACAGAUCAAUCUAGAAACUGACGAUCAAGAUCUAAUCGAUAUCCUGAACAAUGCAAAGCUGACAGAGCAUUUCAAACUUUUCGGUAAAGAGCUCAGUGUCAGCGAGCCGAAGAGCCUCGAAGACAUCUACAAAUCGCACCUUGAAAACACUAGACCAGGCACGAUUGCAGCAGUCGACUCUGCAAAGCAAAAUCUUGCAGGCACAUUCGUCAACGCCUUUGUCAACGCAGGAUUCGGCAAUGACAAAUUGAUGGCAGCAGCAGAAGAAGGGCAAUCGUGGAUCUACAAGAACAAGGACCACGGCAUGCUCUCAGCCGCUGCUUCGCUCGGCAUGAGCCUGCUUUGGGAUCCGGACAUGGGUCUCAGUCAGAUCGACAAGUACACCUAUUCGUCGGAAGAGUAUAUCAAAGCAGGCGCGCUCCUCGCCAACGGCCUGAUACACUCUGGCAUUCGGACCGAGAUGGACGCAGCGCUCGCUCUACUGUCUGAACAUAUCGAAAGUAGCAGUCCGACCCUACGCAUCAUGGCUACGAUGGGCAUCGGUAUUGCCUAUGCCGGAUCUCAGCGCGAGGAUAUCCUAGAGCUUCUCUUGCCUGCCAUCGCCGACACGUCGCUGUCAAUGGAGAUCGCGUCCGUCACCGCGCUUGCUCUCGGCUUCGUGUUCGUGGGCACUUGCAACGGAGACAUCACGGGCACAAUCCUGCAGACAAUGAUGGAACGCGAAGAUAAGGAGCUUUCGGACAAAUGGGCUCGCUUCAUGGGUCUCGGCCUGGCGCUUCUCAACCUUGGCCGUCAAGAUGAUGCAGAUGCAACGUUGGAGACGUUGAAAGCCAUCGAAGUGCCACUAGGCAAGCAGGCGCAAGUACUCGUCGACAUGUGCGCAUUUGCCGGCACAGGCAAUGUCCUCAAGAUCCAGGACAUGCUCACAGCUUGCACCCCCCAUGUCGAGGAAGACUCGGACAGUGCGAUCCAUCAGGGCUUUGCCGUUCUCGCCAUCGCUCUCAUUGCGACAGGCGAGGAUGUGGGAGCUGAAAUGUGUCUACGGCAAUUCUCCCAUCUUAUGCACUAUGGCGAUGCCGCGAUACGACGAGCUGUGCCCCUGGCCCUCGGACUGAUCAGCGCGUCGAAUCCGAGCCUGUCGAUUAUGGACACACUCUCAAAGUAUUCCCACGACAACGACCAGGAAGUCGCAUUGAAUGCGAUCUUUGCAAUGGGUCUCAUCGGCGCAGGCACCAAUCAAGCACGGCUCGCUCAGCUCUUGCGCCAGCUUGCGAGCUACUAUGCCAAAGAUCCGGAGGCGCUGUUCAUGGUCCGAGUGUCCCAAGGCCUGGUACACAUGGGCAAGGGCACUAUCGGGCUGGCACCCUUCCACACUGAUCGGUCUCUGAUGUCGCCUGCAGCAAUGGCCGGCUUGCUGUCGACUCUGCUCGCUUUCACAGACGUGAAAGGAUUCAUCCUAGACAAGUCGCACUGGCUUCUGUUCCUGCUUGCGCCGGCGAUGUACCCUCGUUUCCUGAUCACUUUUGAUGAAAAGGGCGAGGUCUUGCCGGUCAGUGUCCGUGUCGGUCAGGCGGUCGAUACUGUCGGGCAGCCGGGCAAGCCGAAAUCCAUCACUGGUUUCCAGACCCAUACGACGCCUGUUCGACUCGCAAAUACAGAGCGAGCAGAGAUGGCGACAGAAGAGUGGUUCCCGUACACUCACGUACUCGAGGGCUUCGUCAUUCUCAAGAAGAACGAAGGCUACGAUCAAGAAGACAACGCUGCGACAGCGAGCACGGCUAAGAUGGAGCUGUCCUGAAAUGCAAAUGAUGUCCAAGAUGGCUC